AUAGACAUAAUUUAUUUUCUUUUAAAAAGAAAAUGUAGUUUACUAGGGAGUUAGGAAUGUGAUUAAUAGUGAGAAUGAGAAUCAUUUACUACUCACAGCUCAUCGAGACGAUGAAGAUUCCAAUUAUUAGAAGUGGGAUAGAGACGCACAUAAGGGGAGUUGCGUAAGAAAAAUUCUCUAGGAUAACUUUUUUUAAGUUUUUGUCACAAAAAUAGCUAUCAAUAAAGAAAAUGACGAAAAUAAAUUUUAUUUAAGGGUAUAUAUUUUAUCAUAGGGUGAAUUAAUCUAGAUUUAAGGUUUAAAGUUAAGGAAUUGAGUUUUGGGAAUAGAAUUUCAAAUUUAAAAAAAAAAUAUUAAAAUUUUCAAAACAAAAAAGAGUUAUUUUGGUCAUUUUCUUUUUUUGAAAGGUAUUUUGUGACAAAAACUUAAAAAUGAUUAUUUGAGAGAAUUGAUGUAUAACCAAAGUAUUUUCACAUGAAAGAAAAGAUAUAUGUAUUGCAUUAAUGAUUUGCAAAACCUAUCUCUCUAUCUAUAUAUACACACACCCUAUCAUUCGUCCUACACAUAAUCUCUUUCUUUCUCUCUCUAUGACAAAAAUGGCCAACAUGACAACACUCAACCAGCUGUUUGAUCUGCCGGGGCAGAUUUGCCAUGUCCAGUGUGGUUUUUGCACCACUAUUUUGCUGGUGAGUGUGCCGUUCACUAGCCUGUCAAUGGUGGUGACUGUGAGAUGUGGGCACUGCACAAGCCUUCUCUCUGUCAAUUUGAUGAAGGCUUCUUUCAUUCCUCUCCAUCUCCUCACUUCUCUCUCUCAUCUUGAUGAGGUUCCCGUGACAUAUAUACUAUGCACGGAAAAAGAGGAGGUUGCAGCCACAACAGAUGGUGUGGAAAAAGAAGCAUGGAAGGUGACUCAGGAGAAGGAGAACAGUCCAACGACUUUGGUUACUUCUUCAGACAAUGAAGAUGAAGAUGAAGAUAAAGAUGUGUCUCGUGUCUACCAAGUUGUCAACAAACCACCUGAGAAACGACAACGAGCUCCUUCCGCUUACAAUUGCUUCAUCAAGGAAGAGAUCAGGAGGUUAAAGGCUCAGAAUCCAAGCAUGGCUCACAAGGAAGCUUUCAGCUUAGCUGCCAAAAAUUGGGCUCAUUUCCCUCCAGUUCAAAACAAGAGAACUGCCUCAGAUCAAUGUUUUUGUGAGGAAGACAACAAUGUGCUACUAUCAUGCAAUGCUCUGGAGGACCAUGAGGUAAGCAAUAAUGGCUUCCGAGAGAGAAAGGCUCAAAGGCAUUCCAUUUGGGGAAAAUCUCCAUUUGAGUAAUAAUAAUUUGGCAUUAUGAAAUGUGAUGGUGACUAUUUUCUUCUAGGGUUUUAUUUUGUUGCUUUAGGGUUUGUGGUAUCUGAGAGAGAAGAGAUGGUAAGAAUCUGAAACGUACGUAGGAUUUGGGUGUUCGAGGAGAGUCUUGGGAAUGAGCGAGUUUAUUCAGUAUCUUCGUACUUCUUAGCUUUGAACUUAAUAUGAAGAGACAGUGACUCUAUAACUGAAUCUUAUUGUUGAAUUCUAAGUACUUAUGUUUUAACAUUCACUUUAGUAAGAAUCUUUGCUAUAAGCUAUCAUCACUAUUCACUAAGAUGCUUCUUGAUUCACUUAAUGCUUUAAUUUGUAUGAUACUACUAACGAUGGGGGAAAAACAAGACGCAUCCUAUUAUAGUAUCGUAAAUAUAAAUUUAUGUUUCCAGAAUUUACAUAUUGAUAUAAACAUCAAAAUCACGAAACAAGAAAAAGAAGACAAAUUUCAAGAGAAAAUAUAUUAGAAUUACUCGACUAGUUGUAAUUAAAAAAAAAAGAUGUAAUCAGUAGCUAAGAUUAAUAAUAUCAUAAAUGAAAAGAAUGGAAGCUAUGAAAAAAAGUUGUUCAAAAAAAAAAAAAGAAAAAAAGGAAGCUAUGAAAAAAAAGAAAAAAAAAAGAAAGAGAUUUCAUUCCAUCUCAUUCACAAAUCUUUUUAAUCAUGAAUGUUUUAUAACUACGUUUCAUUUUCUUUCAAAUAUUCCACGAAGAGAUUUAUAACUGGAAUGAGAAUUUUUUAUUUUGCAGUUUGACGAUGCCAUCAUUUUUUUUGUUUUUGUUUUUGAUGUUUGAAGAUGCUUCUUGAAAGGAUAAAAAUACGAAGUCAAGUCUGACUCACCUGGUAUACGACAAAUUUGGUACGUAUCUACGUAUCCUCAUGUUCCUACAGAAGGCCAAUACUUAGACUAUCUUAUAGCCAUACGUCGGAUAUAUACCCAAUAUUUAGAUUAGGCAUGGGCAUUCGGGGUCCCAAUCGGGUUUCGGUUUAGUCCAAUCAGGUUUCGGUUUAAUCCAAUCGGGUUUUGGUUUUUUGGGUUUACCAAAAACAGUCUCAUUCGGGUUAUAUGAAACUUCGGUUCGGGAUCGGUUCGGGUUCUAUCGGGUUCGGGUCAGGGUUAAUAAAUUUUUAAAGAACCGGUACAAUCCGAUGUACUUUUGGGUUUGGGUCCCGAUCGGUUUUUCGGUUAAAUGUACCUGAUUCGUAUCUACUUUGUAACCAAAAAAUAAAUAAAAUCGGUUCUUCGAUUUUAAAAUACUUGAUUUGUACCUAUUUUGUAACCAAAACAUAAAUAAAAUUGGUUCAAAAAUAAAAAAGAACAUAAAAUGUGAUCAUUCAAAAUCAAGUGAAAGGUAACCAUAGUUAUUUAUAGAAAGAAAAUCAAAUAAAUGAAAACAUAAAACGAAAACCAAGUUCUCAUGAAAUGAAAAACAUUAUUCAGUGAAAACAAAACUAAAAUC